UUAACUAUCUAUCGUAAGACAUGAAACGAAGAAUACAACGAAAAUAACACAUUCGCUGUAAGAUUUAGAGGAUUACUAAGUAGUGAAACAAAAGUUGCGGAUGCACGAAAAAAUAAAAUGUUUGAAAAAGGAAUAAAUUAUUUAUUAUACAAAAAGGAUGAUUCCUCUGUAGAAAGACUAAAUUCAAUAGAGCAUGAUGUUGAAUUUCGAAAAAAAUUUAAUAAUUUAAUUCAACGUGAUAUUUGUGAGCAAGAAUUUAAAAAUUUAAUGAAAUACGCAAAAUGUUAAAAUCAACAUGAUUCACUCAAUUUCAAAUAUAAUUUAAAAUAAAAAUAUAACUUAAAGCAUUAUGAUGAUGACGAAAAACAUGAAAACUCAGAAAAGGUAGACUCAAAGAAUGAAUCAGAUUCAACUAAUAAUCAUUAUCACAUUAAACAUCAAAAUAUACAUAAAAAUAUUUUUUAUUUAAAAAAAAUCCGUCAAGUAUAUUAUUCAGUUAAGUCAAAAAAGAAUUUCCUAAAAUAUUAUACGUAUUUUUUACUAUAAUUAUAUUUUGUAUUACUAUUUCAC